AUAGGCUUAUAAAUAGAGGAACUACAGCAACGGAGGAGAGGUAAGUAUGGGUACCCAUUGUACUCCGCCCUCCACCUUUCUACUUCUCUUCGUUUUGGGUUUCUUCCGAAUGGAAGCUCUCGGAGACGAAGCAUCAACCAAGCUGUACAUUGUGUGUCUUGAAGAGCGGCAACACGAAGGUCCGGAGCUUGUGACCGCGUCCCACCAUGAGAUGCUGUCUUCUGUGUUGGGGAGCAAGGAUGCGGCAUUCAAUUCAAUCGUCUACAGCUACAGAUACGGCUUCUCGGGCUUUGCAGCCAGGCUUAAGGAAUCCCAAGCAGAUCAAAUUGCAGCCUUGCCGGAAGUACUGAGCAUCGAGCCAAGCCGCGCAUUUCGUCUGCAAACUACGCGAAGCUGGGACUACCUUGGUCUAGGUUAUCAGCAUCACCAACCGCCAGGACUACUUGAGAAAGGCAAGGAAGGCGAUGGCAUCAUCAUCGGAGUUGUCGACACAGGCAUCUGGCCGGAAUCGAGAAGCUUCAACGACGAUGGUUAUGGCCCCGUCCCAUCCCGUUGGAAAGGAAAGUGUGAAGUAGGUCAAAACUUCACCGUCAACCACUGCAACCGCAAGAUCAUCGGUGCAAGAUACUACAGUAAAGACGCCCGCCCGUCUGACGUCGCGCAAGACUACGACUCCCCCCGUGACGCCAAUGGCCAUGGAACACACACCGCUUCCACCGCAGCAGGUUCUCUGGUAAGCGAUGCAAACUUCCACGGUCUCGGUGGCGGUACAGCAAGAGGAGGCGCUCCUCGUGCGCGGCUAGCAAUCUACAAGGUGUGCUGGGUAUCAGGAAGAUGCGGGAAAGCCGACGUACUACAAGCCAUAGAUGAUGCGGUGGGUGAUGGUGUGGACAUAUUGUCACUGUCGAUCGGUGGGCACGGUUAUUUUCCGGCGUCACUAGGCGCGGUAAAGAAGGGGACAACGGUGGUCUUCUCUGGGGGAAACGAUGGCCCCGUCCCUCAAACAAUCAACAACGCGGUGCCAUGGGUCAUCACGGUGGCUGCCAGCACUAUCGAUCGCUCUUUUCCGACCGACAUAAUCCUUGGAAACCGACGAACUCUGGUGGGCCAAUCUAUGUGCUACGCGUCCAGUGAUCCAGGAUACAAAGUUCUUGUAGCUUUUGACAGUUGCUCAGUGGUGCCUCAAUAUCUCACGCAAUUAGCAGACAAGAUUGUGUUAUGCUUUGAUCGUACAUUUUCUGGCUCUGAAGCUGCUGCCGGUGAGACCUCCCGGUUGCUAGGGAAAUUGUCGCAAGCCGGAGCAAGGGGAGCUAUUAUUGCACGAUUCCCACGCAGCAUCCCCCCAGACUGCAGCGGCAUUACAUGCGUCCUCGUGGAUUAUGAUGUAGGCGGACAGAUAGCCAACUAUGCCAGGGUGGAAACUGCCAGUGGGAGAAUCCCCUUGGUGCAUGUGAACCCUGCAUCCAACAUCGUCGGGAGCCAAGUGAUGUCGCCGAGGGUGGCAGCUUUCUCCGGAAGAGGGCCGAGUACAGGCUAUCCGGACUUAGUGAAGCCUGACAUCACAGCUCCGGGAGUCAAUAUCUUGGCGGCAGUGAGAGAUGGGUAUCAAUUUAUGCCAGGAACUUCAAUGGCUUGUUCUCAUGUAUCUGGAAUUGCAGCUCUUCUCAAAGUAGUGCAUCCCGAUUGGUCUCCAGCUGCCAUCAAAUCAGCACUUGUCACCACCGCCUAUACAACCAACGAACGCGGGUUCCCAGUAGAAGCAGAAGCGAUUCCUCGGAAGCUGGCCGAUCCUUUCGACUUUGGCGGAGGGCAUAUCGAUCCUAACCGAGCCAUGGAUCCUGGACUUAUUUAUGAUAUCCAUCCAAAUGAUUACGUCAACUUCUUUCGCUACACAAACCGUGCAUCGAACAGUACUAGUGGCCAAAAUCACUUGAAGCUGCCCUCAGGCGCCAUUCCUGACCUCAGGAAAUCUGGAGUGGGUAGCAGCCGUACAUAUGAUCUGAAUCUUCCCUCCAUCUCCAUUCCCGACCUGAGAGAAACGCCUGUGAAAGUGAUAAGAACCGUCACUAACGUGGGCGACACGCAUGGCCGUUACAUGGCCGUAGUGCAGACUCCAGCCGGUGUUAAGAUGGAAGUGCAGCCAUCUGUUCUACACUUCAGGGCUUCCGGCGAGAAGCUUAACUUUGAGGUGACGUUCACGCCGCUGCACAAUGUGCAAGGAGGCUUCACGUUCGGAAGCUUGACUUGGGUUCAUCGACGUGGGAAGAAUUCGCAACGCUUCUCCUCCACAGCCACAUGCAAGAUGGGUUACCAGCAUCUUCUAUCCUCUAUGCUUCUACUUCUCUUCCUUUCAAGCUUCAUCCAAAUGGCAGCACUUGGACGUACACCAUCAUCGACCAAGCUUCUGUACAUAGUGUACAUGGGAGAGAGGCAACACGAAGAUCCAGACCUCGUGACUGCGUCGCACCAUCAUAUGCUGUCUUCCGUACUGGGGAGCAAGGAGGAAGCCGUGAGUUCAAUUGUCUACAGCUAUAAGCAUGGCUUCUCGGGCUUUGCAGCCAUGCUUACAGAAUCUCAAGCACACCAAAUUGCAGAAAUGCCGGAAGUGAUCAGUGUCAAUCCAAGCCGCAGCGUUCCACUGCUUACUACGCGAAGCUGGGACUACCUUGAUCUUGGUUUUGAACAACCCCAACCCACAGGACUACUUGCAAGAGGCAACUUCGGCGAUGGGAUCAUCAUCGGCGUCGUCGACACAGGCAUUUGGCCGGAAUCGAGAAGCUUUGAUGACCAUGGUUACGGCCCCGUCCCAUCCCGUUGGAAAGGAACGUGUGAAGUAGGUCAAAACUUCACCGUCAACCACUGCAACCGCAAGAUCAUCGGUGCAAGAUGGUACGCCGGAGGCGUCGACCCUUCUCUCAUCGAAGGAGGCUACCAGUCUCCCCGGGAUUCCGAGGGCCACGGAACGCACACGGCUUCCACGGCAGCAGGCUCGUUGGUGAGUGAUGCGAGCUUCCAUGGUCUGGGCGCCGGCACAGCGAGAGGAGGAGCUCCUCGUGCCCGGCUAGCAAUCUACAAGGCAUGCUGGGCAAAAGCAGGGUGUCCCGACGCUGCUGUGCUGAAGGCGAUAGAUGAUGCUAUCCAUGAUGGCGUGGACAUCUUAUCACUCUCACUUGGGGGCGUACUUCACCCAUACUUUGCUUCCAUACAUGCGGUAGCAAAGGGGAUAACUGUGAUCUUCGCUGGAGGCAACGAUGGACCCGUUACCCAGACCAUUGCUAAUGACAUGCCGUGGGUGAUCACCGUCGCAGCCAGCACAAUCGAUCGCUCUUUUCCUACCCUCCUAACCCUCGGAGACAAUCAAACUGUGGUGGGACAAUCCCUCCUCUAUGAAUCCAUGGACGAAGGAUUCACGAAGCUAGCAUACGGGGGGAGUUGCUCGCGCGACGCUCUGAAUUCGAGUGAUGUAGUCGGAAAGAUUGUGCUCUGUUACGAGCUUGCCAUCGCCUCAAGCACACCACCCAAGCGACACUUUCCACUGGCUGCCAUUAAUGUUCAGGAAGCAGGAGGGAAGGGCAUUAUCUUUGCACAGUACUCCGCCAGCAUCCUCCACUACAUCGACGAAAUUUGCAACGGCACCGUAUGCGUCUUUGUAGAUUACGAGAUGGCCACACUAAUGUCCAUUUAUGCCGAGAGUACGAGAUCCCCCCUGGUGAAGGUGAGCCCAACGCAGGAUAUGGCCGGGAGUGGAGUUAUGUCGCCCAGGGUCGCAGCUUUCUCGUCGAGAGGGCCGAGUAUAUUGUUCCCAGAUCUAGUCAAGCCCGAUAUCACAGCUCCCGGAUUCCUUAUCCUGGCCGCAGUAAAAGAUUCCUAUAAGUUUGACUCCGGGACUUCCAUGGCUUGCCCCCAUGUCUCUGGCGUAGUAGCUCUUCUUAAAGCAGCACAUCCCCAGUGGUCUCCUGCUGCCAUCAAAUCAGCACUCGUCACAACUGCUCAUACGGCCAAUGCAUACGGCUUCCCCAUAGAAGCAGAGGGAGUUCCUCGAAAGCACGCUGAUCCUUUCGACUUUGGCGGCGGUCACAUCGAUCCUAACAAAGCCGUUGAUCCCGGGCUUAUUUAUGACGUCGAUCCCGAAGACUACUUCAAGUUCUUCAACUGCACUUAUGGUCCGUCGGCCACUUGUGACUUGGUGGACAGUCGGCUGUAUCACCUGAAUCUGCCCUCCAUCUCCAUUCCCGACCUGAAGAAGACACCACUAACGGUGCAGAGAACCGUGACCAAUGUGGGGGACACGGAUUCCAUUUACAGGGCAAUGGGGGAGUCUCCUCCGGGUGUCAACAUGGUGGUCGAGCCUUCUCUUCUUCAGUUCAAUGCUUCCACGACGACGCACACCUUCGCGGUGACGUUCACGCCGCUUCAGAUGGUGCAAGGGGACUUCAACUUCGGAAGCUUGACAUGGUUUGAUGAUGGGAAGCACGCAGUAAGAAUUCCUAUCGCAGUUCGAGUGAUCAUCCAUGAUUCCUUCUCUGAUACCUCCUAAGGCAUCUGCUCUAUGUUGACUACUAUGACAAUAAGUUAAAUGUUGAAGUUGUAUGGGGAAUAAAAACUAAGGUGUGUAAAAUGCUAUUCAAAUAUUGAUGUCAACUUUUGGUUCA